GAGGAAAGGUUUGGGGGAGAUCGUGUGAACAAGUCUCUCCGCACUUCUUCACUCAUAUUCUUUGGAAGUGUGUUUUGUUGAGUGUGUUACUUCGUCGUUUUGGUGACAUGAAUGUUUUUCCUUCUCCGAAAUUAGGUUUGUGACGUUGGCGACCCCAUUUCUCUGUUGUUUGGAGAAGAAAUGUGUAAUGGACUACAGCGUUCAGCUUGUGUCGCUUACGGGAUCAGCUGAUACAGGUCUAUUGGGCGGCGCGGAAUACGAUUUGUGCGUGGCUAGAUGCUAAAAUUAUAAUAUCAUCCACAAUGACAGACAAAUCAGAGGGUAAAACAAAGGAAACUCAGAAGUUCGUAUACUUGCAGCUACAGCAGGAAAGGCUUGGCGAUGGACGUGUUACAGCACUUGUACCUGGCCGUGGUUCGGCUGCCCCGGCUCAUUUUAUACCACUUACAGCAAAGUUGUCUGUCGUAGGAUCUGGUGCAAGGCCAGCCCGGGCUGCUGUCCCUGUACCUUCUCCAAGGCAACAGGGUCAAGGAAGCCCAAUUGUCAGUGUAGCAGCGCCUCGACCCACAGUGUCGUCUUCUGUGUCAGUGGCAUCUACACGUUCUCUUUUAACCACAACAGUCACUGUGUCAGGGAGUAGGCCAGUCAUUGCUUCACCUGUACCAACUAUUGCACCUAAACCUCCCAAAGGAACCUGUUCCAUUAGAAGAACAACCAGCAGUGUUGUGGUUUCGUCUGGUAUGAAUAAACCUGGUGGGGCUACCAUAGUCCUUGGGUCAGGCAACAGUCAGGCAACAGCUGUGUACCGUCCUGCUCUCUCUGGCAGUCAGGGUGCUCAGCCUCACGGCCCUGUCAUCCUCCACACUUCAAAAGUGUCAGCCCCUGUGUCAGUUGCAUCUGGCACCAAUAAGAUGUCACCAAGGUUGUUGCCAAUGCCACUUUCUCAGAGCAAUAAGCAGAGUACAACUACUGGAACAAAUAAUAAUGCUCUUAAUAUGCUAUCUGUCAACCUUGGUCAAAAUAAACCUAACAUGAUCAAUUUUAAGAUCUCUAAUGGACAAAUUCAAGCGGAUAAUUUACAACAAGUAGAUGUGUUACGUGAAGCCCGACCGCUUGCACAAAGUAACAAGUCAACAGAUGAUUGGAAGGAAAAUCCAAUAAUCACACCAAGUAACACACUUACCCACACUAUAAAUGCAGGUACACUGACAGUCACUGCCCCAUUAUGUAGUCCAGUGACUUUACCCAAGUGUACAGAACCAGAGGUCAGUAUUUUGAAACAGCCAGUGCUAGCUUCUGUUAUUGAAGACUCAGAAGAAGCAUCAUCGUCAGAAACUGUCCCCCGGGCAGUAUUUAGAGCCUCUGAGGAUAAAAAUUUCAACAAUAUACAGACUGUAGACUUACAAGAAAAGGUAGAUGCUAGUCGACUUAACAAAUUUGACACACUUAAUGCUGAAGAAGUCAAGUCCUCUGAGAGCAAGCAAGCAAACUUUGGUAGUACAUUUCAAGGUGUUACUACGUUGCAUCAGUCUGUGGUAUCAGUACAUCCUACAAGUAACCGGUAUCAGCUAACCUCAACUGCUCCUCACUGUGUGACAACCGUUCAUCAGCAACCGCUAGUUAGCACUCAUCAAACUUUCACGACGGCCCAUCACUCUGUAACAUCCACUUUGCCUCAGCCACAGCCUAACAUUCACCAUCAGCCUAUGGCUCUCUACCAGUCUAUAGAGGCAGGCUCUGUGGAUGCAGACGAAAAACUUCGUGAUAAACAGCUGCAGCCAAAAGCUAAUGAUGAAAGUAAGAUAUAUGAAGAAGUCAGGAAAGAAGUGUUAGGAAAUCUUCUUGCAAAGCCACAAAACCAGUUUAGAUGCCAAAGUCCAGUAAGCUUAGACAAUAAUAAUGAGGAAAGUAGUAUCAAAGACUUAAAAGAUGAUAAACCUCACACUGAUCAAGUGAAAAUUGAAGAUGAAAGGAAGGACGUAGUUAAGAUCAAAGAUGAGUUGAUUGAAGAAAAACCAAAUAGUAUUAUUACCGCUCCAGAAUUUCAGGUAGACUGUAAUGACAUAAAACCUGAGCAAAUUAAAUUCUCAGAUCUUUUGAAAUGGGAGAAUGGUGUAGGAAAACUCGAUGGUAGUGGUCUGAAAUUUAGAAUGAACGAGUUUAAUGCUGUUGAAAUUGUGGAGGAUAGAGAACUGGAAGAAAUAAAAAAUCAUCAAAAUAAGAAAUUUGAUUCCACAACUUCAAGACACCAUGCUAGAAAACCAAACUUCCGUGACCUUGUUAAGGAUGAAGAAAUCUUCUCAGAUAAUUCUCAAGACUCUGAACCUCAAGGGAACAAAUCCACCCGAGAAUCUGAUGACAUAUGUUGUUGCAAGAACUGUGGUUGCUAUGGUCUCAGCUCAGAAUUCUUUCGUGACAGCAGCUUUUGUUCUCUUGCUUGUGGAGAGGAACAUGAUGCACGUGAGCUUGAAUGGGACAAAGAACGCUUAAAACAAGAAAAGGAGCGGCAAAAGAGAAAGAGACUGAAGCAGGAAAAACUGGGUGACCAAGACAUGGUUGCAGAGGGUACAAGUGACCUGGAAGAAUCUAAUUUACCUAGUGAUGAAGACUCAGUAUCUUCAAAAACUACAGCAGUUGGCUCGGACAUUAGUGUGAGCAAAUAUCAGUGUCCAUGGCAAGAUGGAAAAAAUAAUUUUUCAUGGACAAAAUACUUGGAGUACUGUGGGCGUUCAAAAGGACUUGCAAAAGCAGCCCCACUGAAGUUAUGGCCAGAACCAUUCCCAUUUACAAGAAAUCUCUUUAGACCAGGAAUGAAAUUAGAAGCAAUAGACCCUGCUCAUCAGGCAUUGUUUUGUGUUAUGACUGUGUCAGAAACUGUAGGAUUUAGACUAAGACUUCACUUUGAUGGAUAUUCAGAUCAGCAUGAUUAUUGGGUAAAUGCAGACUCCCCAAAUUUAUUUCCAGCUGGAUGGUGUGAGAAAAAUGGUAGGCAAUUAGAACCACCUCUUGGAGUCAUUGGUUUUAAUUGGAAAGCUUACUUGGAGCAUUGUAAAGCUCAAGCUGCGCCAAGACAUGCAUUUGUGAAUAAAGGACACACAACAAUGAUCCCUCCGAAUAAUUUUCGUGUUGGAAUGAAAUUAGAAGCUGAAGAUAGGAAAAACAUGUGGGUUUGUGUGGCAACAGUUGCUGAUGUUCUUGAUAAUCGUGUUUUAAUACAUUUUGAUGGAUGGGAUAAGGCAUAUGAUGUUUGGAAUGAAAUGUCUUCACCGUAUAUUCAUCCCAUUGGAUGGUGUGUAGCCAAUAAUAGGGUCCUUCAUCCUCCUAAUGAUUAUCCUAAUCCUGAAAGUUUCAAUUGGCAUGAAUACCUUCAAGAAACAAAUGCCAUGGCAGUUCCAGCAAGAGCGUUUAAGACGAGGCCUCGACGGGAAUUUAAAGUGAAUAUGAAAGUUGAAGCUGUUGACAAGCGAAAUCCUAGUCUUAUACGUGUUGCUACAAUUAUUGAUAUCCAAGAUUAUCAAGCUAAAAUUCAUUUUGACGGUUGGGGUGAUGAAUAUGAUUAUUGGGUUGAUGAUGAUUCAAGUGACUUGCAUCCUCCUUCUUGGUGUAAUAAAACAGGUUAUCGUCUUCAGGUUCCUCUGACACCUGAACAGCAAGCAGAAUUUGUGGAGUCUGGGAUUAGUUGUGGGACGCCGGGCUGUAAAGGAAUUGGACAUGUUAAAGGACCUAUUUACACCACCCAUCACACUGCCUUUGGAUGUCCAUACUCUUUACAAAAUUUAAACAAGGAUCCAGACUCUGUCAUUCCAGACAGAUUACAUAUUUCUUCAGAAAGGAAAAAGGGGAAGAUGACUCCUAAAAUCAGACUGGAUUUACGACCAGGUCUUCCGAAAAAAGAAGGUCCAAGUGAAGUAGAAGAAGCAGAAGGUCAGAAAAAGCGUGUCAGGAAGAGGAGAAAAUUUUUUGAUGAACUUAGUCCACCAGAGCCCAACAGGGCGCACAAAGUCCAAAAAUUGAGUAUAGAGGAGACAAAACCACAUGUUGUCACAAGUCUCAUGCAGUCUCCUGCUGUAACUACAGACAUUCCUAUGAUGUCGGGUACCCCGUCAACACCAUCAACAUCAUCAAAUCAACCUGUAACUAAUCCUGUGCAACCUCUUACACCUUUACAGCCUCCUGAUGAGCCUCCUGAGCAAGGAGUAGAUAUGAUAGUUCAUCAGUCAGUGUUUAAUCCUGGUUACAAUCCUCAUCCUGUGGCUCCUGUGCCUCACUCGUGGGAGCGACAUCGCCAUCUCACAGCACCGCUUGGUGAUGCCAAGAGAUCUGAUGUUGAAGCUUGGAAUGCUGAACAGGUUCAACAGAUGGUGGCAAGAAUACCUGGUUGUGAAAAAGUGUCGACUGUUUUCAUGAGUGAACAAAUAGACGGAGAAGCUCUGCUCAUGAUGACUCAGAGUGACUUGGUAAGCUUAUUGCAUAUUAAAUUAGGUCCUGCCAUAAAGAUUAUGGCUGUGAUUAUGUGUCUGAGAAGUUCUGUAUAAAGCUCUCAUUCUAUUUUUGUUGUUGAUUUUUUGCAUAGAAUGUAAAAUUUGAAGUAUUUGAGGUUACUGUUAAUUCAUUACUUUUUAGAAGUAUUUUUAUCUCAAAUAUCAAGAAGGAUUAUUGAGUUGGUAAGAAAUUUUAAAAAUUUCUUUGGGUAUUUUCUUUAAGGAAAUUGGGCCCCUCUCCAAAUACUCCUAAGAAAAGUUAUAGUAAUUAGUUAACAUUGUAAAUAAAAGUUGUAAUUAUUAUUGAUGCAAUAUGUAAAUAAAACCAUGAGGAUUCUUGACAUUACCUCAUGAGUUAUGACAUAAAUUGUCUUGCAGAAUUUGUUCCAUCCAGUUAAUUGAUAAUUAUGCAAAGAAAACUUAAUUUUUGCUCUUGAUUCACAGAAGCCUUCAUUGGGAAGUUCAACUGGAAAUUGACAGCUAUGUUACUAGUAAUUUCUCAGGCCUUUUUAUUUUACUUUGAAAUAGAAAAUUUUCAGUAAGUUAAAUCGCAUUUUCUAAAAUUUUACGAUAGCUAUAACAAGUUCACUAUACAACUUUAAAGGUAUAUCAUAUCACUUAGGCUUAAUGUACACGUUAGGUAUGCAAGUUUCUGUGACGUGCUGUGUUUCCCCUCGUUUGUACUUGAAGUGAUUUCCUUCCACCUAUAUGGAUAUGCAACAUUUCACUUUAAAGUUUAAUAUAUCGUGCUAAUAUUACUGCAAAAAAUUAGGGACUAUUCAGAACAUCUCAAGCAUUUUAAAAUAGUAUAAUUUUAUUAAAAAAUGAAGAUUAGCAGGAAAGUCAUAUGUAAGUUAUACUAAAACAGUGAAUUUAUACUCUACUUGGAAAGAGAUCUACCAGUAAGUCUUAAUUUUCAAACGAAUGUUUGCUACAAAACAAAGAUCUUGGAAAUUCAGUGGGGUGCAUCAUGUGCUUGGAGAAACUCCCUGGAUGAUAGUCUGUUGUCAAAGCUAUACAGGGUACUAUUGGAUUCAUGCUAAAUGACCGUAAUGUUCCAUGGCAUAGCUUUUGUACCUUGGUUAUGAUCAACUUUGUCCUUAGGGAAGUUCAUAGCUAAAUUUGAUGAACCCCAUUUUCUGUGAAUGACUGUUCUUGUCUUUUGUAAUCAUUAUGUUUAGCUUCUAAAUGAGUGCAUGCCUGUCUUGUAAACAUAAGUUUGAAUGUUCAGUACAGUAUUUUACCAUACCUUCCACUUCCACUGUCAUAUGAUGAUAUUAGUAAAAAUAAUUUUACCCUAAUUACAAUUUAGGCUAUAUGCAUCAGUGAGCAAAUAAGAGAAAUAAAUUGGGAAAUUUGGUGCAGACCAAGUUGUGGUAUAAAUUUCGUAUGUUGAGUUGACCAACCAUUUCUCAAAUUAUGUAACUGCUGUUUAAACCUUUCUUGUGGGUUAAAGAUGACUCUGUAUUGAAAUGUAAACAAAAGGAAUAAGUUUUCGUGGUUUUGACCUCAAUGAACUUUACACAUGAUGUAACUGAAGGCAAUUUCAAUAUCGCCAGCUUUGAUAUAAUCUUGGGCAUAUUUUCACAUAAAUUAUAUUAACAAAUCUUAUGCAUAACUCAAUACAUCUUCCAGUACUGGAGAUUCUGAUUUUUAGUGGAUAAUGAGUAAGUACGUAAUAGCAAGUAAUACUGUAGUAAUAUAAUAAUGAAAAACAACAGCAAAGGUAAUAGUACCAAAUAAUUAUUAUUAGCACUGAAGAAUAGUCUUAAAGAUUACAUCCAAAAAUUUCUUAUACUAAAAGUAAGUAUUUUGCUUAAUAAUUGGCAGGUAGUUUUUCAUGUUAACUGCAUUUCAUGUCACUAUCAUAACUUGCAGCAAAUAUGAUAUAUUUAUACAAGCUUGCUUUGCUGUAUGAUUGAAAACAUCCAGUGCCUUUCACUAUUCUGUAUCAAAAGUGGAAUAACCACUGGUUCCAUGCAACGUAAAAACGCCAUACAAACAAAAAAGCCUGAGGAAAUGGAAUUAUUUAUUCUUACUUAUACUGUACUUCUAACCAUAAAUUGAAUUAUUAUUUUUAUAAUGUAAAUAAAUGCCAUCAUUUCCUUUACCCCACAGCAUAGUUUUUGAAUUUCUUUUAGAAUAUAGUGUAAUAAAAUAGUAAUUGGUAAUUAAUGUGUUGCAGUGAACAUGGAGAUGAGUUCUUUCUAAUGUUGUCCAUGUGAGUGCCUAAGAAAAGGCAUAGCUUUUUAUCAUCACUAGAAAUUUUCAAAACUAUACUUCUGAAAUUUUCCUCUUUCACAUUACUCAUUGAGAUUUAUUGUGAUGGAAAAUGAACAUACAGCAAGGAUGUGAACCUCAGGAAAUGUCAUGGGAAAUUCAGCAUUUAGCAAAGCUAUUUUCUUUUUUCCUUAUUCUUACAAAUCUGAAUACUCAGAAACUAAAACAGUCUAUGUACUGUAUGUAUUCAUGUAAGUAGGUGUACAGAUCUUCUGUGUAUAGCAUUCUAUUUGAUACUUGCAGUGCAAGGGGGUGGGGGUGGAUACUGCUCAAUGUAAACUAUGUGAUAUAUUUGUGAGCUCAAAUUCCUGUAGUGUGGCCACUUACCUAUUGCAAAAUGAAUGUACUGUUGAGAUUAUAGAGAAAGAACCUUACCUUAUCUUAAAUUGAAAUGAACAUUCCAGUGAUCAGUGGCAGAGUUGCAAUUAUUUUAAGUAAAGCUACGGUGUUUCAUCCAUGCUAGUCAUGUAUUAAUAUUGAUACAAGUGAAAACCAAGAUGAAACCAUCCAGAUACUCUAUUCAAUGUUGUAAAUAAAUGUUGUAUAACAAAAAUUUGUUCCUUAUCACUGUAGUGCUCCAUUGUCUCCAUUUUCCAUUCAUCAAGGCAUAAUACAGUCGUUGACACGCUGUUGCAAGUUGUCAGUAUUUAAAACUUAAAUAUUUUAUUUUGUAUUUAUAUGGUAAAAUGCAUCGUGUUGUUUUUUUUGAAAUAUGGAAAUGUUUCGGUUUAUUUCAUCGUUUGCUCUAAAUUGCCAGUUUAUGGUGUAUUAGAAAUUACAGGUGUAAUGGGAAAUGGACCAUGAUCCUGUGAUUCUCAGUUUCAUUGUACAUAUACUUUUAUAGAUAUUGAUGCUGAAAAUUAAAUGUUAUGCUUCACAA